GCGGAGCCGCCUCUCCGCGCUGCCCCGCCAGCCCCGCACUUCCUGCCCGCCGGCAGCGGCGGCGGCGGCGGCCCGGGGAGGGCGGGCAGGGCGAUACCAAGUGGCCCGGCUCGGCGGGAGCGCCGGCGGCAGCGGCGGACGGCCCGUCCGUGCGCGGGGCUCGGCGCUGCGCACGCCGCGGGGCGGCCGCAGAGCAGCGGCGCGGUGCGCUCCGCCCCCCCCCGGCGCGUCCGCUGCCCCGCCGGGGAAGUUGAGCUCCGUCCCUCGCUCUCCCCGGUCCCUCGGCGACGGCUCCUUCCUCCCCCUCCCUCCAAUGCGCCUCCCGCUCAUUUCCUCUUUUCCUCCCCGCUCGCCGCCGCUCCGCAGGCGCGCGGCUCGCCCGGGCGCCGCCGCGGAGUUGUAGCUCCCAGGAAGCCGCCGCCGCUUCCAGGCCGCCGCGGGACCCCGCUCCGCCAGCCGGGCAAUUGAGCCCCGUGGACUUUCUCUGAAGAGGUUCCAAGAUAGGUGCCGCUGAACCCGGAUCCAGAAGAGGAUGGGGAAGCAGAACAGCAAGCUGCGCCCCGAGGUGCUCCAGGACCUGCGCGAGAACACCGAGUUCACAGACCACGAGCUGCAGGAGUGGUACAAGGGCUUCCUAAAAGAUUGCCCAACGGGCCAUUUGACUGUGGAAGAGUUCAAAAAAAUAUACGCAAAUUUUUUCCCCUAUGGCGACGCGUCGAAGUUUGCGGAGCACGUCUUCCGCACCUUCGACACCAACGGUGACGGGACGAUUGACUUUAGGGAAUUCAUCAUUGCCCUGAGCGUCACCUCUCGGGGCAAGCUGGAACAGAAGCUGAAGUGGGCGUUUAGUAUGUACGACCUGGACGGCAACGGGUACAUCAGCCGCGGGGAAAUGCUAGAAAUAGUGCAGGCAAUCUACAAAAUGGUUUCAUCAGUAAUGAAAAUGCCAGAAGACGAAUCCACUCCUGAGAAGCGAACAGACAAGAUCUUCAGACAGAUGGACACAAACAACGAUGGUAAGCUGUCGCUGGAAGAGUUCAUCAAAGGUGCCAAGAGUGAUCCCUCCAUCGUGCGGUUGUUACAGUGCGACCCCAGUAGCGCGAGUCAAUUCUGAUUAAAGCGGACAGUUGUGCACAGAGAAUCUCGGCUUGUGUCCUUCAAGCUUUGCUCGCAAACGGAUGCCUUCUCAACCACCCCUCCACACUUCGCGGAUAAGAUCCCAUUGCCAGAUUGUGCGUGUGUGUGUGUGUGUGUGUCCGAGCGAACCAGCCCUCGCUCCCCUCACUAACACCAGUGCAGCUCUCCUUCGGCAGCUCCGUUUCUGCUUCCCCGUAACGUUACGAUUCACUCUACACGUUUGAAACGUUAAUCGAAAGGUAUGUUUACAUGCAGCUACAAAAGAGUUCAAAUCGCUGGUGAGAUACCACUUCACUUAGUCUGUAAGAAAGUGAUGUUCUAGUAGUUCCCGAGAAGAUGCUAGGUAGGACUUUUACCCAACAUAGCAGAUGGUAGAUAAUUUAUUUUGCUUCAGAAAUUACUAUGUUUAAAAAAAAAAAAGUGGACUGAAUGGAGUAGAAAGUUAAAAAAAAAAAAGGGCAAAAAAAAAGGCAAAAAAAAAAAGCAGCUUUCCUGGGCAUGGUUCCAAUUUUCUUUUUGAGGAAAAUUGCUUGCACUUAUCUAAUGGUCUUUACUUUCUUUUAAUAUAUAUAUAAAUUAUAUAUAUAUGGUGAAGUAAAAUUUUAAAUAUUUAGGUCAUCUAUUUAAGGCAUAAAAUAGAAUUUGAGCUUUGUUUCUUCUAGUCGUCUGUGAUUUAUUCAAAUCUUGGAGAUUGUUUUUUUUGUGAUAUUUAUGCAUUAGCAAAUUGCUGUUCCAAAAGAAAUGCAUGACUAGCAGUUUGUGGAUAUUUCACUCUGUUUAAUUCCUGAAUGCAAAUAUUUGUUCAUUUUUACUGUCAAUUGUUCCAACAUUACUGUAUUAACAAAAGAGUUCAUCCUCAUUUUGUAUUGCUCAGUGGAGUCCUACUUUCUGGUGGUUGCUGCAUUAAAUGGCUUUUGAGUGCCCCGAGGUGACGUGACUCGCACUGCUGUUCUCGACUUGGCUACACCUCCUCCCUUUUGCUGUCGAUAUGUUAAUAGUCUUGUGCAUUCCAGUGUUAUUUAAUAUCUGCCUAAUGCCAAGAAAUAUUAAUUGAAAUAAAAGACUACUUUUCUUGUCUCUGA